AGGACCUCACGAGUACAUGCUCAUCCUCAACCCUGACCUGUACUCGAAGAGACAUGUUCAGUGGUACUAUUUCCGUGUGUCCAACAUGGAAACCACACCCAUUUACACAUUCCACAUUGUAAACUUUGAGAAGAGCAAAAGUCUUUACAGCAAAGGACUGCAGCCUCUGCUCUAUUCAGAACACGAGGCAAGAGCCACCGGAGUGGGCUGGAGACGAGUUGGAUGGAAUAUGUCUUACACCCAGUCUAGAGUCAACUACCCUCCUCACAUGUCUCCUCUCCGCUCCUACUUCACUCUCACCUGGAGCAUGAGGUUCUAUCACCACGGCGACACAUGCUACCUUGCCCACUGCUAUCCUUACCCUCUGUCGGCUCUGUACACAUUGCUAGGCAAAAUAGAGGAGGAUAGUGAGAGAUCAAAGUACAUUCAGAGAGAGGAGCUUUGCCGGACAUUAGCAGGGAAUCCGUGUCCACUUCUCACAGUCACUGAGUUCACUGGUGAGGAGGAAGAGGGGAGGAAGAAGAGAGGUGUGGUUGUCACGGCGAGGGUUCAUCCCGGAGAGACAAACAGCAGCUGGAUGAUGGAGGGACUCAUCCUCUUCCUCACCUCCAACUCCCCUCACUCACAUGCUCUGAGGAAGUCAUUUGUCUUCAAGUUGGUGCCGAUGCUGAAUCCUGAUGGUGUUGUCGUGGGCAACUACAGGACAUCCCUGGCUGGAGUUGAUCUGAACCGAGUCUUCAGGACACCAGUUACUGCUGCGUUUCCUACCAUCUUCCACACUAAGAAGAUGAUGAACAGUUUUCAGCAGGAAAGAGAGGUGUGUAUAUAUGUUGAUCUCCAUGGACACAGUCGCAAGCACAAUGUCUUUAUGUACGGUUGCCACACCCCCAAAGCAGACCACACCCAGUUUCUGUAUGAGAGGCUUUUACCGUUUCUUCUGUCAGAGCAGGCUGCUGACAUGUUCUGUUUGGAGAGUUGCAAGUUUGCAGUCCAGCGCUGCAAGGAGUCCACUGGAAGAGUGGUUACUUGGAGAUCUGGAGUUCCCAACAGCUUCACUCUAGAGGCCACAUUCUGUGGUUCCAAUCUAGGACCAAAUCGUGACAGGGACCUACUUCGCAUGGGGAGCAAUCUCGGGGAGGCUUUCUACAAGUUCAGCAAAUGUCUUCAGAGCAAAACAUAUGUCCAUACGAGAUUAAGUUUACUACGAAGAUGGCACCAUUCUGCUUUUGCAAAGGCAGGAAAACUGUAGCACCACAAAACUACCGCUCUUAAAGAUUCAUGCAUAAUAUUGACUAUAGUGUUGAAGUAUGAAGUAUUACACUAGGGUAGCCCUAAAAAUGUUCUGAGUGUCGUGGUUUUUGUUCCUUUGCCGUGACAUGAGGCCUCGUUGUAGGUAUCAGUUGAAAGUGAUGGCUCGACUGGCAGAAAAGCUGAUGAAGAGGCUGGCCACACCCACUGACAACGUUCAUCGUCCCACCUCAACGCUGCCUGAUGUGGUGACCAGUACCACCACAACUCUCUCCCCUCACUCCCGCGCCUGUCUGCAUAAGAAGCAAGCACGGCACAGCCUCAGCAAGUUCAAGAAAAUGAACAUGAGGCAAUUGGAGGAGGAAUCGAGUACCAGUGGGUCUGACAGUGAAAACCAGGACUUCAAGUACAGGAGAAAGAAGAGAAACAAAGGCCGCGACCAACGACAACAGAGAUCUGUAAUGGGGACUCAUACUGGUGUUCAUGAGCCUUUUCUUCCCUCUCUCCCUCGUGCAUCACGGAGUCUAGUACUACAGCAAAACCCUUGCCCAGAACUCACCCUCCCUUCCCUCCUCACACAAGCCACACCCACCCAGCAGCAGACAAGAGUCUCGGCCCCAGUCAGACUCCAGUCCAAUCAGCCUUUUCACUAUCAACAGAGUACAUCGAAAUGGAAGUUUGUUAAUCGCUAUAGUAACAGAUCCAAUGGAGGGAUCCCCAUGUUUGCAGAGGAGAGAAUGAAGGAGAGAAUGGAGAAGAGAUAUAUGGAUAAAAGUGACAUCCAUUUGCCUGCAGCCCCUUCCCUCCCGAAUGUGGUAGUUACGAAACAAGGAACUAAAGACCACACCCACCAAAACCUGGCACGGCAGCCACACCCAUUCUGGACCAACUGCACUGAUAACAUUUCAUCACCACAGCAGCACUACGAGC